AUGCGGGUGCAAAUUCAAGGCCUGCACCCAAAAGGAAGUUCCAAACCGAGAAACAAAUUGGUCCUUUCAGUAGACGUUCUCAUUUUCAUCCUUCGCCCUCAGGCUCCACCAACCUCGCCUACCCCGGCAGUCUCAUCCCACCGAACUUCUCCUUCUGUCCAACGCCCUCGUCGACCUCUUUAUCUGGUUGAUGAGCCAGUUGAGGAGGACGAGAUCCUUCAGCUUGAGCCCGUCUCUUUCGAACCACCAUUCUCGACCCCAACGCCUACUCCUCAAGUUGGCCCUUCUUCUAAUCGUCAGCCUUCUCCACCUGCUUCUCCCCCGCAGUGCGAGUCUAGACUCAUACUAAUGAGGGGCUCCGCCCAUGAGCAGGAGAACACCUUGACUAACCUGAAAUGGUGGAACUUCUGA